CUCUUAUUCGAAAUACAUACUCUAUGACUAUAGCAUCGAACGCAUUCAACGUUCUAUGUCUCAAUUAAACCAUUUUGAUUUAAGGAAGCAUUGUUAUCUAUCGUAAAGCUUAAAAGUUAUUUAUCGUUAUUGAAAAUGUAUCCGCUUACCGAGGGAUCAAUAGAUAAAAUCAUGAACGGCAUUGAUGUUGACAAGCCGGUAUUACAAAUAUUGGGAAACAAAAAACUGGCAAGCUCAAGUAGUGGAGAACGUUAUAGACUACUUGUAUCCGAUGGAAAAAGAAUAAAUUCGUUCACAAUGUUGGCCACACAGUUAAAUUCAAUGAUCACAGAUAACAUAUUAACGGAAUUUUCCAUUUGUCAAAUAAAUAGAUAUGCGAUAAGUAUGGUGAACAAUGCAGGAAAACAAAAACGUGUGAUGGUGAUAUUAAAUAUAGAAGUAAAAGUUCCUGGUGAAGAGGUUGGUCAAAAAAUUGGAAACCCAACUAAUGCUGAAUCCGAAGGUGAUUCUAAACAAGCACCAUCUACACAGCCUGCAAAAUCUCCACCUCGACAAUGGAAUGAUUUUAUGCAAAAACAAAGUACACCUCAAGCUUCUGCCAAUAACGUAACAACAACUCCGAUUGUUGCAUUGAGUCCUUAUCAAAAUAGAUGGGUAAUAAAAGCACGAGUUAUCAGCAAAUCCAAUAUCAGAACAUGGAGCAACUCGCGCGGCGAAGGAAAAUUGUUUUCCAUGGAUCUGGUUGAUGAGAGUGGAGAAAUUAGAUGUACAGCGUUCAGAGAUCAAUGCGACAAAUUUUAUGAUAUGCUCGAGGUUGGCAAAGUGUAUUAUCUUUCUAGAGCAACUUUGAAAUCAGCAAACAAGCAAUUCAACAAUCUGAAAAACGAUUACGAAAUGACUCUAACUGGAGAUACAGAAAUCAUUCCAUGUCAUGACGCUGGAAAUGAUAUUCCUUCUCUUCAGUUUAACUUUUCACUAAUAUCUGAUAUAGAAACGAAAGAGAAGAAUGAUAUACUAGAUAUUUUGGGAGUUGCUAAGUCCUGUAGCGAGGUCCAAACAUUGACAGCACGAACCACGGGUAAAGAACUAAAGAAAAGAGAUAUUAAUCUUGUUGAUGAAAGCAAUACAAUGGUCUGCCUUACAUUGUGGGAUUUACAAGCCGAGAACUUUGACGGGUCUAUGAAUCCGGUAUUGGCAAUCAAAGGAGCACGAGUUGGUGAAUUCAAUGGCGGAAAAAAUCUGUCCGCUAUAAGUUCUACAGUGAUCCAAAUUGAUCCAGAUAUUCCAGCAGCACAUAAAUUACGUGGUUGGUUCAACACGGUUGGACGCAACGAAGAAGUAAAAUCAAUAUCUAGAACACUUGGUAGUGGUGCUAGUAGUCAGAGUAGUUCAUGGAUAACAAUCCGUGAAGCCAAGAAUUCGGAAACGGGAGUUAAGAAUAUGGAAAUAUUCACAGUGAAGGCGAUGGUGAAUAUGAUUCGUGUAGAAAAUGCUAUUUACAAAUCAUGUCCUAUUGAAGGCUGUAAGAAGAAGCUGAUCGAUCAAGCUAACGAUAUGUACAGAUGCGAGAAAUGUGGCAAAGAUUACCCUAAUUACAAAUAUCGUUUACUGGCUGGCAUAAAUUUGGCCGACUGGACAGACCAUCAAUGGAUUACAGCAUUUAGCGAUGAAGCAGAAAAGAUAUUAAAUGGCACAGCUCAGGAACUUGGAGAAUUAUAUGAGAAUGAUAACAGUACAUUCCUCGAAAAAAUUGGUGAUGCAACGUUUAAGACUUUCGUAUUUAAACUUAAAGCGAAACUAGAAGUAUUCAGUGAUGAACAGAGAAUGAAAGUAACUUGUUUGGAUGUGACUCCGAUAGAUUACGUGCAGUACAACAGUCAUUUAAUAACUCAAUUGAACGAACUACUUGGUAUCGAAAAGUUUUGAAGUUCAUUUCUAGUUACCUUAUAUGUAUUAAAAAAAAAAAAAACGUAUUUUCUUAUAUCAUUAAUUUCUUGUAUAUUUAAUAGAGUUAAGUGUAUUUUCUUUUGUAAAUGAAAAAAAGCAAGACUAUUUCAUUUGUCUAUUA